ACCUAAAAAAAAGUUAUUAAAAAGAGGCCAAGACUACCAUUGCAGAACUCAGGAACAAAGGUUAGUAGGGUGGCAUCAUUAGGGUUGCUACUUUACUCUCCCAAAACUCCUCAACACUAGUCUUCCUAGCCUCUCUCUAUAAACUUCUAAUCAAACCCACAUCCAAUAAUCUCAUAAUCUCAACAAAGCACACAUAAUGGCCCCUGAAGUGCCUGUAGAUGUGUUCAAAGGCACAAACAAGGUCGCUACUGCUCUUAACAAUGGCUACUCUAAGGGGGCUUUCAUAACAUUUUUGGCUGGUAAUGGUGACUAUGUCAAGGGGGUUGUUGGUUUGGCUAAGGGUUUGCGCAAAGUCAAAAGUGCAUACCCUUUGGUUGUUGCAAUGUUACCUGACGUGCCUGAGGAGCAUCGUGAGAUCUUGAGGUCUCAAGGUUGCAUCCUCCACGAGAUCGAGCCUAUUUACCCACCUGAGAAUGAAGUUCAAUUUGCUAUGGCUUACUAUGUCAUCAACUACUCCAAACUUCGUAUUUGGAAUUUUGAGGAGUACAAGAAGAUGAUAUAUUUGGAUGCUGAUAUUCAAGUGUUUGAAAACAUAGACCAUCUGUUUGACACACCAGACGGCUACUUCUAUGCCACCAUGGACUGUUUUUGCGAGAAGACAUGGAGCCAUACACUGCAAUUCAAAGUUGGGUACUGCCAACAGUGCCCUGAUAGGGUGCCAUGGCCUGUUGACAUGGGUUCUCCACCUCCCAUGUACUUUAAUGCUGGCAUGUUCGUUUUUAACCCUAGCCGUUCGACUUUUGACAAGCUUCUUGAGGUCCUCUAUGCCACUCCGGUUACAUCCUUCGCAGAGCAAGAUUUCCUGAAUAUGUUCUUCGAAAAAGUGUUCAAGCCCCUCCCUCUGGUAUUCAACCUUGUUCUUGCUAUGUUAUGGCGCCAUCCUGAGAACAUAAACGUUGAGAAAGUCAAGGUGGCUCACUAUUGUGCUGCUGGAUCAAAACCAUGGAGGUACACUGGCAAGGAAGUUAACAUGGACAGGGAGGACAUCAAGAUGUUGGUGAAAAAAUGGUGGGAUAUUUAUAACGAUGAAUCCCUUGAUUUUAAGGGUGAAAACCCAGUUUCGGAGGAACAGACAUUCUCAAAGUCUUCCAUUAUGGCUUCCAUGCCUGAGCCCACCAUUUCCUAUAUUCCUGCUCCCACUGCUGCUUGAGUGUUAACUAAUAAGAAGAGAGAACUGCCGCCUGAGCCCACCAUUUUUUUUUUUGUCUUCCCUAUUUUAUACUUUUUCUAGGCUACUUGGCCUUUCUUUGUUGUGAGAAAUCACAGAAAAUACAUAUAUGAAGCUGCUUAAUAUAUGUGACCUUAUUAAUAUCGUAAGAAGUAUCCCUACUUGGCUACUUCAUUUGAAACUUGAAAGAAUGUAUAACUUUUGUCUUGAUUGUAUAUCAAGAACUUUUAUUAAUUACAUGUAUAUUCUGAA